AUGGAUAAGUUGUGGGUUGCAUUAUGUGGAACAUGUUUGUUUGUGUCCAUUUCAGCACUCAAGGCUUGCAAUGGUGACGCAGUCUGUUUGCCCAUAAACGAAUGCAAAUUGGCUUAUGAACAUAUAAAAGUCCCAAAUAUUCAGGACGUUUUAAGAAAAACAUCUUGCGGCUUUGAGAACAAUGUACCGCACGUUUGCUGUCCCCCUACAUUUAUAAACUUCGGUAGAGAUAACUUACUGCCAAACAUUUCGGUAUGCGGUAUUCAAACUGACGAAAGGAUCUAUGGAGGUGAUAAGACCGAUAUUGAUGAACAUCCGUGGAUGGCAUUACUGCGAUAUGACAAACCAAAGGGGAGCCACGGUUUUUAUUGUGGAGGAGUUUUAAUAUCAUCGCGCUACAUUCUGACCGCUGCACAUUGUAUCAAAGGAGCUGAUAUACCACCAAAUUGGAAACUGAGUCAAGUGCGUCUUGGUGAAUGGAAUUUAACGAGCGAUGUGGAUUGUCGAAGUAAUGACUGCAGCCUCCCUGUCAUGGAUGUACCGAUCGAGAAGCUCAUCCCUCACGAAGAUUAUAAGCCAAGAGAUGGGAAUCAACAAAAUGAUAUAGCUCUUAUCCGGUUGCAAAGAGAGGUGAAAUUUAAUGAUUUUGUGAAACCUAUUUGUUUACCGACCACACAAGAACUCCGAGGUAAUUCCUAUGAAGGUUGGGAUAUGGAAGUAGCAGGUUGGGGGAAAACGGAAAAUAGAUCUAUGUCCGACGUAAAAUUGAAAGUGAAACUACCAAUUGUGAGUCACCAAGAGUGUACAGAGGUGUAUGCUUCGGCGUCACGCCUCAUUACGGAUAAACAACUGUGCGCUGGAGGUUUGGAUGGUCAGGAUUCCUGCCGUGGAGACUCUGGUGGGUCCCUUAUGGGACAGGCGACGAAGAAGAAAAUCUGGUUCGCCUUUGGGGUCGUCUCUUAUGGCCCUUCACCGUGCGGGACACCAGGUUGGCCUGGAGUCUACACUAGAGUAACAGCAUUUAGCGAUUGGAUCCUAUCAAAGCUUGAAGCGUAA